CACAAAGACGUUUACGAGAAUUGAAAAGCAGAAUAUCAGCACAAUCGAAAAAAAAUUUCGUUCUGGAACGAGAUGUUCGAUAUUUGGACUCUCGAAUAGCGUUAUUAAUUCAAAAUCGCAUGGCAUUAGAUGAGAAACAGGAGGUGGAAAGUCAUCUUGAAGACUUAGAGCCAACAGAUGGAAUUUUUCCAGAUGAUCGUAAAUUACAACAAUAUGGAAAUUUAUUUUUUCUCCUUCAGACGGAACCACGUCACAUUGCUAAUCUAUGUCGCCAUGUUAGUCUUACCGAAAUCGAUACCUUAUUACAGACGGUAAUGUUUACGCUGUAUGGGAAUCAAUAUGAGAGUAGAGAAGAGCAUUUACUAUUGACGAUGUUUCAGUCUGUGCUUUCCAACCAAUUUGAGCAGAUAAAUGAUUUCAAUUCGUUACUUCGAGCAAAUACCCCUGUCUCUCGUAUGAUGACAACGUAUACCCGUCGGGGUCCUGGUCAGAGUUAUUUAAAGUCAGUACUAUCAGAACGAAUUAACAACCUGAUAGAACACAAAGAUUUAAACCUUGAAAUAAAUCCUUUAAAAGUUUAUGAACAAAUGAUAAAAAAAUAUGAAGAAGAAAAUAAACCAUUACCUGAGGAUCUUCCUCGCAGUGUAACGUCAGAAGUUGCUGCUGCGAAUCCCGAUGUACAGGCUAUUAUAGCUCCUCGAAUAAAAAUGUUAAUGGAGAUUGCAAAUUCUUUCCUUCAAACAAUAAUGGACUCUAUCGAACAAACUCCUUAUGGUAUACGAUGGAUUUGCAAGCAAAUUCGGUCGUUAACAAAAAGAAAAUAUGUUGAUUGUUCAGAAUACUCCAUCUGCACAUUAAUCGGUGGGUUUUUCUUCCUCCGGUUUGUGAAUCCGGCAAUUGUCACUCCACAAGCAUAUAUGCUAGUAGAAGGUAUACCGGGAAAGCAUCCACGACGGACGUUGACUCUGAUUGCAAAAGUAUUGCAAAAUCUUGUAAACAAACCAACUUAUUUGAAAGAAGAAUAUAUGAUUAUGUUAAAUCCCUUUGUUGAAAGUAAUAAACAAAGACUAAAUAAGUUUUUAAUGGAACUAUGUGAGGUUGGCGAUUUUUAUGAGAGCUUAGAGAUGGACCAAUACAUGGCUCUUUCAAAAAAGGAUCUG